AUGAGCUUUCAAGAUGUUGUUGCGCGGUCCUUUGGCUAUGUUGACCCUAAUUUCGUGAAUCCCGGCGGGAAAAAUGAUACCAGCGUCAUUAUUUACGGUUACACCCCAUCUAUCGUCCUAGCGGGCAUCGCUGCGGCCUGGUUCUUUCUCCACUUGAUACUCCAUACGACCCAAAUUUGGAGAUACCGAAGCUGGUGGUGGAUGACCUUUUCUACCGGCUUGGUGUUCGAGAUCAUAGGGUACAUUGCCAGAAGCCUGUCAGCCAAGAAAGACCCGUACAACCUGAUCUAUUUUGUCCUGAACUACUUCUUUGUCGUGACCGCACCGGUUUUCCUUGCCGCAGGGGUGUAUACCGUUCUUUCAGCCCUCAUCUCCAGAUUAGGGAACGGGUAUUCCUUCCUCCGGCCCACCGUCAUCCUAGGAUUCUUCAUAACAUCGGACGUGAUCUCGACAAUCGUGCAAAUUGCCGGCGCCGUCCUGGUUGGCGUGAAGGAGUCCCGACGCCAGAAUCCUGAGACUGCAAACAACAUCCUUCUCGCGGGUCUCGCGUACCAGGUGUUUGCUAUGAGCAUCUUCGUCGUGUUGAUGACAACAUUCCAACUUCGAGCUCGCCGCCGCAUCAAGGAGCAGGGUUUUCGAGUAUUCUGCCUGUCGUUUUCAGUAUCCACUCUCCUGGUUUAUAUGAGGACAAUAUUCCGUCUUAUUGAGACGGCCGAAGGUCUUGGAGGGAAAUUGUCGACACAUGAAGUUUACUUCGCAUGUCUCGAAUUCGCGCCUAUCGCACUUGUGGCUCUUCUCUUUUGUAUUUGGCAUCCGGGUCGCUGCCUUGGAGCUCAAGUGCGCGCACACACUGAGAAACUGCCAGGCAAUAGCGGUCGGGAUACGUUGGUUGCUCAUGUUCAUUCAUGA